AUGUUUACUGCCGGGUACAGAGUCAUUCGUCAUCGCGACAGAUGCUCGGAUGUCCCAGCAAAGGAAUUCCGACGGGAAUUUUUCGUGAAUGGUCCGGUUGGAAUCGCUGCACUUACGGAUCACCAGAAAGGCGACACAAGUACACCUCUGGAUCAAGCGUGGGCAAAAGGACAUCCUCUCGGUGUCAAAUGCUCAAGUAACCACUUCUUUGUCAAAAGAGCUGUGUGUCAAGCAGAGGAAGCGGACGUGUUGCAGCGGACGCGUCGCGUGCAAUCGGUUGAACAUGUCUGGCCCCGAGUGUAUAAUCGUCGAAUUCUUGGCCGAAAUAUGUAG